GACGUGUCUAAUACUAUUCUCACCAGGCUGUGUGCUACAUGAGCGACCUCCCGCUCUCCCUAAUAUUUCGGACUUGGACGGUUUAGCUACCUCUGCUGACUGGAGAUGGCCAGGACCACUAGCAUCCAUUUAUUUCCAGAGCCGGGCACGGUCAUUAGACCUAUCCACGUUUACUCUGAAGAGCAGACCGCUCAAAUAGAGGAACUUCGUCAGUAUGCACACACUCUCGUUCUUCCGGAGUCAGACUCAUACUACAACUGGGAACUCCGGUGGCUGAACAAGCCAGACACUAUACCCCGGUACAUGCGGGCUGCCAAGUGGAAAAUGAACGACGCGCAGAAACGAAUAAAAGGGACACUCGAAUGGAGGAGGGAAUUCAAGCCUGACCUUAUUCCCCCUGACGAGGUCAAAAUCGAGAGCGAGACCGGUAAGAUUCUCUUGAAUGGAUUCGACAAAGACGGACGUCCCAUCAUUUACAUGCGUCCUGGUCGUGAAAAUACCGAAACGAGUCCACGCCAGCUGAGGCACCUUGUGUGGUGGUUAGAACGGGCAAAGGAUAUGAUGCCUCCAGGUCAAGAGACCCUCGUCAUUUUUGUGGAUUAUAAGACAGCAACUCUUCGCACGAAUCCCUCUGUAUCCGUUGCAAUUAAGGUCCUCAGCAUCCUCCAGCAACACUACGUCGAGACAUUGGGACGUGCUAUCAUCGUCAAUCUCCCCUUUAUCCUCAAUUUCUUCUACAAGGGCAUUGCACCUUUCCUAGACCCCGUCACGCGUGAUAAGAUGCGUUUCAAUCCGGUCGUCACGGAACUUAUUCCCGAGUCUCAGCUGGACUCCGAAUUUGGAGGAGAUUACGAAUACGAGUUUGAUUACGAGUCGUACUGGAAGCAGGUUGUAGACCACUGUGGAAUUGCUCCAGACGGGACACGGCUACCGGGAUAUUUCGAUGGACCAAAGUCUGCAAUCACCGCUCCCGAGAAUGGUGUGGUUCCAACUACGGUAGACCUUGAAGGUGUCUCUAAGGAGAAGGACACAGAAGCAAGGCAUGAGGCUCUAGAAGAGGAGGCGAUAUUCUAGUAUAGUCAAGGAAUCGUAGAUAAGAUGUCCAUAGAAGUCGCUCUUACUAAUCAACAGUAGACUAGAAUUCCCAUGUG